AUGACCUCAGGCUAUCCAUAUUCACCUCAUUACAAUAAUGGAAAUUCGAAUACAGCUCCAAUCGGAAACUCAUUCUCAAAUCACCGUACGCCAUGGAAUAAUGAAUCUUUUGUUGGUAGAACGGAGGCAAAUGAAUCUUUAACCUUACCUCCAAUCAGUCGGACAAAUUCCGGGAAUAGAUUAGAGCUUCCCGGUUUAUCCUCAUCACCACUUUUUAUUCCAGAAACUCGCACACGUCAAGUACAACCAGAACUAUCUUCUCAAACUUACGGUUCAAUGGCAAACACAAAUGCCAAUGCAAUCGCAAACACAACUGCAACUGCGACUGCAUCCACAUCCGCAUCUACAAUACUUUCGAAUCCAGAACGUGGUCGAAGUCAUAUAAAACGACCUCGGAGCGCAUCUCCCUUCGAUCUUCUUUCUUUUGAUCCUUUUGAUGAAAGCAACCGACACCGAUCGCCACCUCCCCUUCUACCAUCUCCAAAUCAAGCGGCUCGACAAAAUUCAAGAACAUCCCCACAACGACCAAGAGAUUCCUCUUUCUACGACGAGGACGCAGAGUCCCUAUCAAACGUUAACUGGGAUUCCUUAUUUCCACAGCCCACCGGCGAUAUUGACGAUCCUUUUGCAUCGCCACCACGAAUGCUUAGUCAAGCAUCCAAUCCUUACGGCGUAGUUGAUCUCACUGAUUCAUCACCAGCUAUGGCUCCUCCAUCAGAAAGACGCAGAGCUCUUUCCGGCACUAGUUUACGUCCAGCUACGCUCACACGAGCAAUAUCACCAAAACGACGAAAGCCAACAACAGGCUCGAGAUCCGCAUCUGCAAAACGUCGCAAGCUUUCACCACAGGAAAUGAAACCGGAGGAUGAUGUCGAAGUAGUUGAUCUUGCCGAGAAUGCAAAUUUACAAGAAUACGAAGCGGCAAAGGCGAAACGGCAGGAAGACUUAAUCAAACAACAAAAUCAGGAUGAAGCAACGAAGCCAGUCAAAUUGGUGGAUUUUCAGUGUAUUAUCUGUAUGGACAACCCUACAGAUUUGACGGUCACACAUUGUGGCCAUCUCUUCUGUUCCGAAUGUCUUCACUCAGCACUACACGCAGGAAAUAAUGGCAGGAAAACAUGUCCUGUUUGUCGACUUUAG